AUGGUCGAAGUGACGGUACUGGACUACGGCGCGGGCAACGUACGCAGUCUCAAGAACGCCAUCCGCGCCGCGGGUCACUCGGUGAAAGACGUGGCAUGCGCCGCCGACAUUCGGACCGCGCAGGUGCUCAUUUUCCCGGGCGUGGGGAACUUUCGCGCCGCGAUGGAGUUUCUGCAGACAAGUGGCUACAUUACCGACCUGCGGGCGUACGUGGCUGCCAAUCGUCGGUUUCUGGGCAUCUGUCUGGGCAUGCAGACGCUGUUUGAAGGCUCGGAAGAGUGUCCCGAGCUUCGGGGACUGGGGGUGCUCAAGGGCACUGUCGCCCGCUUUGCGUCCGACCACGUGGCGGUGCCUCACAUUGGCUGGAACGGUAUCACUGCGUGGAAAAAGUCGGCGCUCUUCUCGGCCCUUCCAGUGGCUACAGCUGCGGCGAAAGUGUACUUUGUGCACUCGUUUCGAGCGAUCAAGACGGACAAGAACGCUGACUGGGUGCUCACGACGACGAACUACGGCGACGUGGAGUUCAUCAGUGCCGUGCAAAAGGGCAACGUCAUGGCGACGCAGUUUCAUCCAGAGAAGAGCGGGGCUGUGGGCAUUGCAAUGCUCAAGGGGUUCUUGGACACGCGCGAGAUGCCGGACCACGAUGCUGUGGUGUCUACGGCGCGCUUGGCGCCACGGACGACGCUGUCAAAACGGAUCAUUGCGUGUUUGGACGUCCGGGCGAAUGAUCAGGGGGAUCUGGUUGUGACGAAAGGCGACCAGUACGACGUGCGCGAGAGCUCGAGCAUCGCGAGAGAAGGCAAUGUCCGCAAUAUGGGCAAACCAGUUGAUCUGUGCAAGCGCUACUUUGACGAGGGAGCUGACGAGGUGGCGUUCCUCAACAUCACGAGCUUCCGUGAGCAGCCAAUGGGCGAUUUGCCGAUGGCUCGGAUACUGGAGGCGAGUUCGGAGUGCGUGUUCGUGCCGCUGACGAUUGGCGGCGGCAUUCGUGAGUACAUGGAUGACCAACAGAAGAUCCACUCGGCGCUCGAUGUGGCGGCAUUGUAUUUCCGCUCGGGGGGCGGACAAGGUGACGGAUUGAGCUCAAUCGAGACGAUCUCUGCCGUGUACGGCAACCAGGCCGUGGUGGUGUCGAUGGACCCCAAGCGCGUGUACGUUGCGUCGUUCUAUGACGAGAACGCGAGAGGCCACAAUGUCGUCAAGCUGUCACGACCGGGUCCUAAUGGGGAAGAGUACUGCUGGUACCAAAUGACGGUGCGCGGUGGCCGGGAGACUCGUAACAUUGACGCAGUGCAGCUGGCUCGAGCGGUUGAGGCUCUCGGCGCCGGUGAGUUGCUGCUAAACUGCGUGGACAUGGACGGUCAAAAGGCUGGGUACGAUCUCGACCUGAUUGCGCUCGUGAAGAAGUCGGUGCGCAUCCCAGUCAUUGCGUCCAGUGGUGCGGGCCAGCCGUCGCACUUUACCGAGGUCUUUGAGAAGACGAACUGCGAUGCGGCGCUUGCAGCGGGUAUCUACCACCGCAAGGAGGUGUCGAUCCACGACGUCAAGAGACAAUUGCAGGCCGACAAGAUCGACGUGCGUCUGUGA